UCCUCAAAACAACGCUUUCCUUUCAUUGCCCCUUCCCAAUUCCCUUCCCUGGUAACCCUCUCUCUCUCUCUCUCGCGUUUCCGCUACAAUUUUCAUCGCAUCGUUAAGACUGUCAAUUGGAUCUUCAUGAGUUCAACAAUCACUGGAGGAUACUUCGUUUCCUGUGUCUCGGGAAACAAGAACGACGACGACCUUUUCUGCUGGGUUUUGCUCUGCUUGCUGCCAAAGUUUUUGGGAACUCCAUUUGCCUACAUCAAUUUUCUCUUGAUUCAGGCCAUUGACAGGAGUCCAUCAGCGGUGGGGGUUUUGGGAAGCGUCGGGGUGGUUAACCUGUAGUCUUGAUUACUUUGGUCAUCAGCAUAUCUAGAUCCCUUUUUUUUUUUUGAUUGGGGAGAAAUGGUUUCCUCUCAGUUUUCUGGUUUGACUAUGGCUGGCGGCGGCAGAUGCAAACCGCAGUUACUCUUUCCUAAGAACCUUCCUGAUACUGUGAACACGGAGCAUAUUGAGCUAGAUUUCUCUGAUGUCUUUGGUCCAGUUACGGUGGAUUUGAAUAACAUUGAUUCCUCUACUGGUGAGCCUGUGGAGGAAGUGAACGAGCUGGUUUAUGAUGACCCGCCGGUCAUUUACACACGCUCACAUUCUCUGGUUGGCCCUUCGACUUGUGUUAGUCAAUCACUUAAGCUUGGCAAGCUCACCAUACAUGAGACCGAGGAUUCGUUGGAACUGGUGGAGCAUGUCACUGGAGAGACCAUUAAAGACAUCAAAGAUUCUUCCUUUGUCGAUGAAUCAGUGAAAGAUGAAUAUGGGAAUCUCAUGAAGAUCCAGAGAGUUAGCAUUGAUGAUUUUGAGAUUUUGAAGGUUGUGGGGCAGGGUGCAUUUGCAAAAGUAUAUCAGGUGAGGAAAAUGGGUACUUCAGAAAUAUACGCUAUGAAGGUUAUGCGGAAGGAUAAGAUUAUGGAGAAGAACCAUGCUGAAUACAUGAAAGCUGAGAGGGAUAUUUGGACGAAGAUUGAACACCCUUUUGUUGUUCAACUCAGAUACUCUUUUCAGACAAAAUACAGGCUGUAUCUUGUACUGGAUUUCGUAAAUGGGGGUCAUCUCUUCUUCCAGCUUUAUCACCAAGGCCUUUUCAGAGAGGAUCUAGCACGCAUAUACACUGCCGAGAUUGUUUCUGCAGUUUCCCAUCUCCAUUCAAAUGGCAUAAUGCACAGGGAUCUAAAACCUGAAAAUAUCCUACUAGAUGCUGAUGGCCAUGUUAUGUUGACUGAUUUUGGCUUAGCAAAACAAUUUGAAGAGAGUACAAGAUCAAAUUCGAUGUGUGGUACAUUAGAGUACAUGGCACCUGAAAUUAUUCUUGGCAAGGGCCAUGAUAAGGCUGCUGAUUGGUGGAGCGUAGGUGUUCUACUGUUUGAGAUGCUUACUGGAAAGCCGCCUUUUUGUGGUGGGAGCCGUGACAAAAUUCAGCAGAAGAUAGUUAAAGACAAGAUGAAGCUGCCAGCAUAUUUGUCAAGUGAAGCACAUUCCCUGUUGAAAGGGCUGCUACAGAAGGAAGCAACUAAGCGCUUAGGUAGUGGAACCCGGGGGGUUGAGGAAAUUAAGGGCCACAAGUGGUUUAAGCCAAUCAAUUGGAAGAAGUUGGAAGCACGAGAAAUUCAACCAAGCUUUAGGCCAGAUGUAGCUGGUAAGCACUGUGUUGCCAACUUUGAGAAGCGCUGGACUGAUAUGCCUGUUGUGGACUCGCCAGCUGCCAGCCCCAAUGGUGGAAAUCCCUUUAAGGACUUCUCUUAUGUGAGGCCUGCAGCCUCUUUUCUUCAAAGGAAUAGCCCUGCUUACUGACUUGACAGCUUGAACUGCCAUUGGCUUAAGAUGCACACGUUUACGUUUUUGUUUUUGUUCUCAUUUGGUAGUUGCUGUAUUUGGAUGCGUGAACGGUGAUAAACUGUCAUAAUUGCCAACAUGAACAUUUUCUUGUGCCCUUAGAACUUGUGUGAACUUUGCAGGUUGCGAGUUCAGUCACUUAUUUAUGUGCCUUGCGGCUCUCCCCAAUUGUAUUGACUAUUGAGCCUUUAUGCGUGCAGAAAGUAAAUUUUUUAUUUUAUACA